AUGGAGGUCGUGGGGUUCACCAACAACGAUUUCAAGGUAUCACUUCUCUUUACUAUAAAAGAAAAACAAACAAGAUUGGUUGAUGAUAAAAAUAACACACUUUAUUCACCCUUCAGUCAUUCCAAAAAAUUUAUACUGAACAACUAUACACGGUUGGAGGAUAUGAUGGAUAAAGGCAAUUUUGGUGCUUUUGUGAUUGGUGAAAAACUGUACGCAAUUGGUGGAUCCAUGGACGACAAUAAAGUUUUGGAGAUUGUGGAAUGUUACAAAGAAGGAAGUGGUUGGGAAGUUUGUGAGUUGGAAUAGUUUUUGGACAAAGAAAACUGCCUUGACAGUUUUCAGACAAAUGAACUACUUAAUCUUUUUGGUCGUCAUUUUUCUGGGUACAACAACAAUCACGAAAUUCAUAACAUCCAUAUUUUCAGUUCUUGCUCUCAAUUCCGAGUCUUAUCCGAUUAAAGAUUGGGAGUACCACCCAAAUACUUUAAUCUGAAAGUGAAACCACAAUUCUUAGAAUUUCCAAGGCCAUUUUAUCCCAAAUUUUUACUAAGAUUAAAGUAUUUAUGUGAUCUUGGCAAGUGGUGAUUAUGUGAAGGAAAUGACAAGUAAAUUUGAAAAACUGAACAAGUUUGAAGGGCAAGAUUUUCGUAGAUAGAAGAAGAAGAUGAAGUUUCUCCUUACCACUCUGAAAGUGGUGUAUGUUUUGGGUACACCCAUGCCAGUCUUACCAGAUCUGUUGAAGAUGAACCUUUGUAGGCAACAAGAAGAAGAUCAAAGUGGGAAAAUGAUGAUUACAUAUGUCGUGGUCAUAUUCUCAAUGGUAUGUCUGACUCUCUUUUUAAUAUCUAUCAAAAUUUCGAAUCUGCAAAAGAACUGUGGGAUUCUCUUGAAUCCAAGUACAUGGCUGAAGAUGCUUCUAGUAAGAAGUUUCUUGUUAGUAACUUUAUGGGUUACCAGAUGAUUGACUCCAGGCCUGUUAUGGAACAAUUCCAUGAAAUGUCAAGGAUUUUGGGACAGUUUGCUCAACACAAUCUGAAAAUGGAUGAAGCCAUUUCUGUGGCUGUGAUCAUUGACAAACUGUCCCCUUUCUGGAAGAAUUUUAAACACAAUCUGAAACAUAACAAAGAGGAAUUGACUUUGACUCAACUUGGAAGCCAUUUAAGGAUUGAAGAGUCCAUAAGGACUCAAGAACAUGAUAACAAUCCUAAAGGCAAGAACCAAGUUGGUUCCUCUUCUAUGAACAUGGUGGAAGGAGAAAGUUCAAAGAAUCCCAAGAAGUCUAAUGGAAAAAGGAAGUUUAAAGGAAAGGAUGACAAGUCUUCCAACAAGAAGGUUAAGUUGGUUUGUUGGAAUUGUAACAAACUGGGUCACUUCAAGAAAGAUUGUCGUCUCCGCAAAGUGAACAAGGAUGGUGCUGGACCAAGUGGAUCCAAGGAUCCAGAAAAGCAACAAGGAUGAUAAAGUUGCAUGGUAGGUUGAUUCGGGAGCAACAAGUCAUGUUUGCAAAGAUCUAUAUUGGUUCAAGGACUUUCAACCAAUUGAAGAUGGAUCUGUUGUGAAUAUGGGAAAUGUUGCAACUGAAACAAUCAAGGGCAUAAGAUCUGUUUUACUUACUUUUACUUCUGGGAAAUGUUUGUGUUUGAAUAAUGUUUUAUGUGUUCUAGGGAUUCGUAAGAAUCUCGUGUCUGAAAUUGUAUUAAAUAAUUGUGGUUACAAACAAGUGUUAGAAAGUGACAAGUAUAUCUUGUCAAUACAUGGUUCUUUU